CACCGGUUAGCAGAUAACAAAUUGCCAUUUCAUUUCCCCGGGCAAAAUUAUUUCGCAUUACUUUAUCGUCCAACUUUUCGGCCAUGACAAUCAUAUCGCUUGUGUCGUCGAACAAAUGCUUCGGCGGAGUGCAAAAGGUGUACUCGCACCAAUCGAAGGAGUUGGCGUGUGAGAUGAAGUUUGCCGUGUUCCUGCCGGCAUCCACCGAAGAUCGUAAACUGCCGGUGCUUUAUUGGCUAUCGGGACUCGAAUGCACCGAAACAAACUUUAUACAAAAAGCCGGUGCCCAGCGUUAUGCAGCUGAAAACGACUUGAUCAUUGUCUGCCCGGAUACAUCGCCACGCAAUGUGGACAUCCCGGGUCAGGACGAUUCGUGGGACUUUGGAUCCGGUGCCGGAUUCUACGUUGACGCCACUAAAGACCCGUGGUCGAAGCACUACCGUAUGUUUAGCUACGUCACACAAGAGCUGAUCGACGUGGUCAAUAACAACUUCCCGACCCUGGCGGACAAACUUAGCAUUUCCGGCCACAGCAUGGGUGGCCAUGGAGCCCUGAUUUGUGCGUUGAAAAACCCCGGCCUUUUCAAAUCCGUAUCCGCUUUCGCGCCCAUUAGCAAUCCGUCCAAAUGCCCCUGGGGUGAGAAGGCAUUUACGGGUUACCUGGGAGCCGACAAUAAGGAUGAGUGGAAGCAGUGGGACGCCACAGAGCUGGUGGCUAGUUACAACGGACCACCGCUUGAGUUGUACCUCGAUCAAGGAUCGGCCGAUCCGUUUCUGAAUGGACAAUUGUUGCCGCAAAAUCUGGUCGACGCUUGCCGGGCCGCUCAGGUGCCGUGUGUGUUGAAUAUGCGCGAAGGCUACGACCACGGUUACUUCUACGUCGCCUCGUUCAUUGGGGAACACAUUGCGUACCAUGCUCGCCACUUGCAUUAAAACAUGGCGUCACAGCGCACAGAAACAGAUUGAUGAAAUAAUAAAGCAUCAAAUUUU